CAGUCCUAGGUUAUACUACAACUACACUACUAUGACUGCUCAGUUAAUUGACGGAAAGGCUAUCGCCUUGCAGUUACGUACUGCGAUUCAUGCUGAUAUCGCUAAAAUUCAAGCCAAGCACGCUGAUUUCAAGCCAAGUUUGUCUAUCAUUCAAGUUGGUGAAAGACCAGACUCUUCUACUUAUGUUAGAAUGAAGCUUAAGGCUGCUGAAGAAGCUUCUAUUACCUGUGAAAUCAUUCAAUUGCCAGAAACUAUUACUGAAUUCGAACUUUUGAACGAAAUCACUCGUUUGAAUGAAUCUACUUCAGUUGACGGUAUCCUCGUUCAAUUACCACUUCCAGCUCACCUUGACGAAACUAAGGUUACUAGCGCUGUUUCUGCUGACAAGGAUGUUGAUGGAUUCGGUCCUUACAAUGUCGGUGAAUUGUCCAAGAAGGGCGGCAACCCAAACUUUUUGCCAUGUACUCCAAAGGGUAUAAUCGAGUUGUUACACCAAUCCAAUGUUACCAUUGCUGGUGCUAACGCUGUUGUUUUAGGUAGAUCCGACAUUGUCGGUAAGCCAAUUGCUAACUUGUUAACCCAAGCCAAUGCUACUGUUACUACAUUACACUCCAAGACCCCUCAAAAGCAAGUUGAAUUGUUCCUCUCUCAAGCCGACAUUGUCGUUGCUGCUAUUGGACAACCAGCUUUCAUCAAGGGUGAAUGGAUCAAGGAAGGUGCCGUUGUCAUUGACGUUGGUACCAACUUCGUCGAAGACGCUUCUAAGAAGUCCGGUUCCAGAAUGGUUGGUGACUGUGAUUUUGAAUCUUGUAGUCAAAAGGCUGCUCUUAUAACUCCAGUUCCUGGUGGAGUUGGCCCAAUGACCGUUGCCACUCUUUUGGACAAUGUUGUUAUUGCUGCCAAGAAGCACUACGCUAAGAACAAUGAAACUCCAAAGUUCACAAACCCAUUAAAGUUGAACCUUCAAACUCCAGUUCCUUCUGAUUUCGAAAUUUCUAGAGCUCAAAAGCCAAAGAAGAUUGACCAAGUUGCUUUCGAAGCUGGUAUUUUAGACAGUGAAUUGGAACUCUUUGGUUCUUACAAGGCUAAGAUUUCUUUGGAUAUCUUGAAGCGUUUGGAAAACAAGAAGAACGGUAAGUACGUUUUAGUUACUGGUAUUACCCCAACCCCAUUAGGUGAAGGUAAGUCUACUACCACCGUUGGAUUGGCUCAAGCUUUGGGUGCUCACUUAGGUAAGAAUGUUUUUGCCAAUGUUAGACAACCAUCAAUGGGUCCAACCUUCGGUAUUAAGGGUGGUGCUGCCGGUGGUGGUUACUCUCAAGUUAUUCCAAUGGACGAAUUCAACAUGCACGUCACUGGUGACAUCCAUGCCAUUUCUAUGGCCAACAACUUGCUUGCCGCUGCUAUUGACACCAGAAUUUUCCAUGAAAACACUCAAAAGGAUGGUCCUUUGUACAAGAGAUUGGUUCCAACCAAGAAGGGUUCUAGAAAGUUCUCCCCAUGUAUGUUGAGAAGAUUGACCAAGCUUGGAAUUACCAAGACUGAUCCAAAUGAAUUGACUGAAGAAGAAAUUGCCAAGUUUGUCAGAUUGGACAUUGACCCAGAAACUAUCACUUGGAGAAGAGUUGUUGACUGUAACGAUAGAUUUGUUAGAGGUGUUACCAUCGGUGAAGCCCCAACUGAAAAGGGUAUGACCAGAAAGACUGGUUUUGACAUUUCUGUUGCUUCUGAAUGUAUGGCUAUCUUGGCCUUGGCCAACUCUUUGGAAGACAUGCGUGAAAGAUUGGGUAGCAUGGUCAUUGGUGCUUCUAGAGCUGGUGUUCCAGUUACUUGUGAAGACAUUGGAUGUGCCGGUGCUUUGACCGCUCUCUUAAAGGAUGCUAUCAAGCCAAAUGUUAUGCAAACUUUGGAAGGUACUCCAGUUUUCGUUCAUGCUGGUCCAUUCGCUAACAUUUCUAUUGGUGCUUCUUCUAUCUUGGCUGACAAGAUGGCUUUGAAAUUGGCCGGUACUUCUCCAGACUUGACUGCUGAGGAGAAGAAGGAACAAGAAGGUUACGUUGUCACUGAAGCUGGUUUCGAUUUCACCAUGGGUGGUGAAAGAUUUAUCAACAUCAAGUGUCGUUCUUCCGGUUUGAUCCCUGACGUUAUUGUCAUUGUCGCCACUGUUCGUGCAUUGAAGGUUCACGGUGGUGGUCCAGAUGUUAAGGCCGGUGCCCCAUUGGCUGCUGAAUACACUCAAGAAAAUGUUGAGUUAUUGAGAGCUGGUUGUUCCAACUUGGCUAAGCACAUUUCCAACGCUAGAGCUUACGGUUUGCCAGUUGUUGUUGCCAUCAACAAGAUGUCUUCCGAUUCCGACAAGGAACAUGAUGUCAUCAGAGAAGAAGCCUUGAAGGCUGGUGCUGUUGACGCUAUUGUUUCUAACCACUGGGAACAAGGUGGUCAAGGUGCCGUUGACUUAGCUAGAGGUGUUAUCGAAGCCAGUAACAGAGAAGACAGAGACUUCAAGUUCUUGUACGAAACUUCUCCAUCAGUCGAAGAAAAGAUCACCACAAUUGCCAAGGAAAUGUACGGUGCUGGUGAAGUUGAAUUCUUGCCAGAAGCUCAAAAGAAGAUUGAUCUUUACACUAAGCAAGGAUUCGGUAAUUUGCCAAUCUGUAUUGCCAAGACUCAAUACUCUUUGUCUCAUGACGCUGCCUUGAAGGGUGUUCCAACUGGUUUCAAGUUCCCAAUCCGUGACGUUAGAGCCUCUGUUGGUGCUGGAUACUUGUAUGCCUUGGCUGCCGAAAUCCAAACCAUUCCAGGUUUACCAACUCACUGUGGUUUCAUGAAUGUGGAAGUGAACGCCGAUGGUGAAAUUGACGGUUUAUUCUAAUUAUGAAUAGACACUCAGAGAGAAAAGUUCAACACUUACGAUUACGAGAUUUAAAAAUGAUUUAUAAAAGCUGCAAAAAAAGACAAAAAAAAAUAACAACAAUAACAUAAUUUUCAAUAAAUGCACAGCAUAGCUGUCGGGUACGGUUUCAACACGUUAAAUUAAUUUACAUAGAUAUAUUUAAAUA